AUGGUUUCAAUGAAAUCAAAACUGGCUGCACGAACGAUUCCAACAACUACCUCCGACACAUCACUAGUAUUCGAUCGAAAUAAAGAAAAUAUUGAAUCACAUCAAUUGAUCUGGUUAGAUGCAUAUGUUAAUAGCAAUGAAGGAACCACUGUAAUUAAUCAACUUCGAACAAUUAUUGAUUAUGUUAAAAUAGUUAGUAAUGUUAAACAAUGUCAACAGUAUAUCAAGCAAACAACUGACACCAUAACAUUUUUUAUUACAUCGGGACAAGUAGGCAAGCAGAUUGUUCCAUUAAUACAUGAUUGUCACCAUAUUCGAACAAUUUAUAUUUAUUGUCAAGACAAAGAGUGUCAUCGACAAUGGGCUUCGGCAUAUACCAAAGUACAGCUUCGUCAACAAAGUGAAGUUCAGUCUGAGCUAGUCCAAGGUAUUCAUGUUAAACUGGAAGAAUUACUGGAAAAUUUAACACAAGACGUUAAAGAUUAUUUAAAACACGAACAAGACGAAAUAUUUGUUCUAACCAACAAAAAUGAUCGAACGACGAAUAUGUUUGCUGUUAACUGGUGGGGAAAUCUGAUUCGUUUAUUGGUCGGUCUUCCGCAUCCCAAAAUCUGUCAACGAAAAAUGCUUAGAGCACUCGAACUCUACUACAAUGGAAAUACUCAUGAAACAAAUCUCCUCAAAGAAUUUGAAGAGACAUAUACAUCCGACCGCGCUGUAUGGUGGUAUACGCGCCAAACGUUUCUCUAUCGUUUGCUGAACAAAGCGUUGAGACAACGUAAUGUUCGAGUUCUAUUUAUGUUUAGCUUCUUUAUAAAAGACUUGUAUCAACAGCUUAAACAAGAACAUGAGAAAUACAUUCAUCAGCAGCAAUCUGAACAUCGACCAAUUAAAGUAUAUCGAGGUCAAAUUAUAUCAAAAGAUGAAUUUCAGGAGCUAGCGGAUCUACCAGUGCAAAUCAACAGUUUCCUCUCCACGAGCAUCUAUCGAUCAGUUGCACUCGGGUUUUUACAACCAUCAAGUCCUGAUGCAGAAAUACAAAGUAUUUUAUUUGAAAUCGAAAUUGACUGGGAUUGCGCUUCUCAACCCUUUGCUGAUAUAACACAUUUAAGUUAUUUUCCAAACGAAAAAGAAAUUUUAUUCAUGAUCACAACUGAGUUCACCGUUGAAUGUGAACCCAGUUCUCGAAGGCAUGUUGUUUAUGACGAAAAUGAAAAAGUAUGGACGGUAAAGUUACGUUUACGAGAUGAAAUCGGUAAGAAAUAUGAAGCUCAUCCAAGCAGCAGCAGAAUAAACCUAAAACGACAAAUCGGAGAACAAACCGUUUACCUCAUUGAGGCAACAUUAGACGAAAUAAAUGUCGUUUUUACAAAUUUGUUGAUUUUAUAUCCAUCGGAAAAAUGGAUUUUAGCCAUCAAAAACUUUUGUCUGGCGAGACAUGAACGUCGAGAAAAAAAUUACAAUCAAGCGUUACAAAAUUAUGAGCAUGCACUGCAAAUUUGGUUCGAACAUAUUUCUGAUAAUUCUUUAGGUUGUGAAAUGAAUAUUGGCGAUGUUUUCAGUAGCAUGUCAUUUUGUUACGUAGAACUGAACAACAAAGAUUUGUUCACGGAAAACGUUGAUUUAGCCAUCAGUUAUUACGAUAAAGUAAUCGAAAAAGCUGAAAUUUCUAACGAUCGUGAUGAACAAAUGUCCAUCAUUAAAAUUGAUAAAGUUUAUCAUAACUAUAUAAAUCUAUAUAAACGGAAAACUAAUAUGGCUGAUGAUAUUAAUGAUAAAUUAAAGUACAGAAAAAUUGCGACUAUCUAUCGCGAAAAAGAACUUCGACUGAUGUUGAAAUGUUUAUCGUUCAAUGAUACGGCGAUUGGCUGGUGCUAUAAUCAUUUAGGAGACGAUUAUGCAAAAACUUCUGAUUACGAUAAUGCGUUAAAAAAUUACCAAAAAGGCUUGGAAGUUUUUCUAAUGCAAACAAAGCCAUAUCCGAUUUUCAUCAUUAUAAUUUCUGAAAAAAUGGCCGAUAUCUACAGUGAGAAAAAACAUGACUAUAGAUUGACACUUGAAUACUAUUUGACAACGCAUAAAUAUAUCGUAUUGAAAAAUACACCAACUAACUCAGAUGGCCAAAGACAACGAGUAGCUGCAAGCCAUGAAAAACUAGCUGAUAUUUAUGAAAUUUUAGAGAAAUAUGAUUUAGCCGAACAACAGCUGUCAUCAGCAAUUAAACUGGAAAUCUUUUCUCGCACGCAGAAGCAGCAAAUUGAUGGAAAACUGAAAAAAAUACAAGGGAAAAUUGUCGAACGAUUGAUUAAUCAAAAUAACUCGUCAUUACAUGACAGGACACUACUAUGA